UAGAUUAGGGCUGUAGAAUAGAUGCUAACAAAAUUCUGUGUUUUAAGUAGGUUAGUUAAUUAAUAGACAUUGAAAAUGGGUUUUGUCAACUUUUGUGUUUUACUUUGGUGUGACAGUAGGAUUUAGGAUAUAAUUUACAACCAACCAGCAGUUACGUGAACUACGGUACCGUAAUCUACAAUCUACGGACAGACUGAGGCAAGGAGUCCAGCAAUCUUUUCGUACAUUGCAAUAUUUAGACAUUUUGCACAGUUUUUGCCGAUCUUUGGCUCUGAAUCAAAAUGAUGAACUGCCUGCAUACACUUGUGAACUCGACUGGUUUUUUAAAGAUUUUUUUGUUUCAUUUAAUGGUACUAAAAUUUGAGUUUCAUCAUGCCGAAAAUUUUUCAUGUUUAUUCCUAUUCAUUAUCUUAAAUAUAAUAUAUCAGUUUGUUUAGAUGAACUCAACUUCAACUUACAUUCCAUAUCAUUAUAUUUAUCUGAGAUUUCUAAUACUUAUAUGCUAAAAAUAAUAGAUGUAUUUUUUCCCAUGUUCUGGCAAACUUCUACUUCACCCUACAAGUCUAUAAUUAAUACUACUUGCAGUUGACUGGCUAUAUAUAUGUAUACCAUCAAGUCAACAUGUUGAUGCAUGCAAUAGCCUAUUUUACUAUUCCAGCACAGCUCACGUCACGUAGAGCAAGAAACUGAUCAGUUACACAUCUGUAUAAAUAUGAAAAUCCUUCUAUUCAAAAGGAAGCCACAUAUUGUAAAGCAUUUCCUAAAUCAUUCACUUCCUAUUUAUUUUGUAUAUGAUUGACAAGUGUCAAAACUAUCUAUAUUAUCCUUCCAGUUUCAUUUUUUCUUGGUAAAUGUAUCUUAAUAAAAAACAAACAGUUUAAUUCUCUUUUUCUUUCAAUAUAAAACCUAUUUGAUGCUGUUAAUUUUGAGUGAAUCAUUAAGCCUUUUCAAGACAUAAAAUGGUAUAUUUUACCUGUUGUUUGGAAAAGAUAUUCACACAUCAAAAUAGAACGAUAAUGAAAACUCAAUGAAAGUUGAAUUGCCCGAGUCUGGCACACUCAAAAGUUAUGUUUAUCUAAUCUUUGUGGCAAUUUCCUUAUACAGGACAUUGUUUUUCUUUUUUCUAUGAAUGACCGUUUUGAGCCUGGAUGUAUUUUUUAAGUAUCAAAUAUUAAUUUGCGACCUUGCAGCCGUGAUCACUGAGAAGUCAUGCAUGGCUAUGAUCGGUAAAAAUGUACGUCAUCAAUUUCAGUGUUGUAUCUGGCCAGAAAUUACGAAAGAGUUACGGUAAAUUGUUAAUCCGCAUGAUAUAGUAGUACCAAUUUACAAUGUUGAGUCAAUUUUUAAUUAUAGGCCUGGUUGUAACUUUAAUUACAAGUAUUGUCAUUAUCCCAUUGGAAUCCAAGUUUUAGUGGUAUGCUGUAAUUAAUUAAUUAUAAAUAGUGCCAUCAUUGUAUUCAGACAAUAGUAGACAUAACUUCAAGGUGAACUAUUUUUUUCACUGAAUAAUGGGUUAUACACAACCCAUUUGGUUAAUCCCACAUCCCUUUCAAGUUUUAUUGAAGUCAUAUUUUCCUUCCCUGGUCUCAAAGUUGCAAUAGUUAUCAUUAUGAAUUUGCCAUGAAUGAUAUUUCAUGCUCGAAUUGGAAAUAUAUUAUAAUCUUCAAGCAAUUAUAACUGGAGGGUAUAUCUGAAAAACUAAUUUUUGUCAAUGUAAUACCCAAACAUAGCAUUUUUCUUAACUGCUAAUACGCUAUUAGACGCUUCCUCAAUAUCCAGUUUUGAACAGGCCAUACAAAAUUGAAUGCUUCAAAUGAGUGUAGACAGCUGUUUUAACACUAAUUCAAAGAAAUGAAUUCUUAAGUAUCCAUGUGUUAAAAUGGCUUGGAUGUGUGAAGCACCAACACAGUCAUAAAUUGUCAGAGAUCUCAAAUUUUCUGCUUAGAAUAAUGGUAAUUUGGAGGCUGGUGUUGUAUAGAAUAAAAUCUCAGAUAACAUUCCAUAGUGUUAUUUAUCCAUUGGAUUUUGCAAAACUUUAAUAUGUGACCUGUGUUGUUAUCUCUUCAUAUCUAUAGAAAAUCCAAUACCGAGUGCUCUGAUUUGGAACGGAUUUUUAUUUUUUGAAAAGAUACGACUAAGGCUUUGUAAAAUUUCAGAAAGCCAAUGAGAUAAUUUUAAAUAUACACUAUAAUAAUAUCAUUGAUAAGCUAUUACCGACAUUUUUUAGGAAUAUCAAGCAUUACUUUUUAUCCUAUUGCCAUCAACACCCUAAAGUGCAUUGAAUCAAAAUGUGCAUAUUAACAAAAACUAUUGUUCCACCAAUCUACAAGGGCUAUUUUGUUUAAUUAAAUGCAUUAUCAUAUCCAUCUAAAUCUUGUCUAAUUGUUUAUAUAGAAGAAAUAGAAUAAACUGUAAUAGUCGUCACAAUGACGAUUUUAGAUAGGGAAGUUACUGCUAAAAACAAAGAAGAAACGGGACAGUCACGAAAACAAAAUCAUGACAAUGGAAAUCGUAAACAGAAAUCACGGAGUGGUCACUCUGGUUAUAGACCAUCAUCCCAACACAGAAGUGGACAAGUUAGUCCAGCUAAUGAUUUUAACUUCUGGAGAGAUCCAAUGGUGGGUCACAGAAAUCCAAGAAUUGAAGUUCCACCUCAUGAAGCUGAAAGAGUGAAUAUUCAUGAAGACUUAGCUUUGCGUAAUCAUUUGAAACCAAGGGGCCUCUCAAAAAGCAGUGCUGUACCUACACAAAGUGAUUCACUCACUGCAAUGAUAGAGACAACAUCAAAUGAAAUGUCUCAUUCUGUUGUUGAUGGGAAUUGUAUUCAGCUUGGAAUACCUAAAAUAUCACAAACAAGUGAUAUGAACAUGCCUUCAUCUUCACAGUCUGUCAAAAAUUCAGCUCGACACGGGAAAAAAAGUGCUGAUAAGAAGAUAUCCCAUAAAAAGAAAAAUCGAAGGUCUGCUCCAUAUAGCCAGAGUAACAAAUUAUCAAAAUCUCAUAUGAAAACCAAUGUUCAAGUUCAUCGUGUGCACUUGCAAACUGAAGAAAUUGCAGAAAGCACUGACAACAGUACUAGUGCUACUGCUAGGCCUUAUGGAACAGGAACAACACUGGGAAAUGAAAAUCCAUUCAUAGCCAAUGAUAUGGAUGGGCAAUAUAAACAAUUCCCUAAUGAAGCCACUGGGUUUCUAAGGACUAUGACAGUAAAUCCAGACAAAUUUUCUAAUAUUUCCAAUUUCCCCAAAAGUUCCCACAGUUCCCCAAGCAGUAUGUUGGAUACAUCAUGUUCUGGUUUAGAUAAAAAUACCACAAAUGAAGUGAAUGAUGCAAAACAUAACUCUGAUGAUGAAUAUGAUCAGAAUCGUUUGCAAAAAUUACAUCGUGGAGUAGAUUUUAAAACACUUGAAAGUGAAUUUGAAGAAAAACUAAAAAAGGUUCGUGGCUUCAUAAUAAGACCAAUGGGAGAGGAUGGAGCUUGUUUGUUCAGAGCAGUUGCUGAUCAAGUAUAUGGAGAUCAAAAUAUGCAUGAUGAAGUACGCAAAAAUUGCAUGAAUUACAUGAUUAAGAAUUCUGAUUAUUACAGUAAUUAUGUAACAGAAGACUUCCAUUCAUAUGUAGACCGAAAACGUGAUUUAACUGAGUAUGGUAAUCAUUUGGAAAUGCAAGCCAUGGCUGAACUUUAUAAUCGUCCAUUUGAGGUUUACCAGUAUGCAACAGAACCCAUAAAUACCUUUCAAGCUAGUCAUUUAACUGCAAACCCACCAAUAAGAGUUAGCUAUCAUCAAAAUUCACAUUAUAAUGCCGUCAUAGAUCCAUAUAAAGCAACAAUAGGUGUUGGGCUAGGACUUCCUUCUCUCAAUCCUGGAAUGGUUGAUAAAGGCAUGCUAAACUCUGCUCUAGAAGCUUCAUGUGAGGAAUGGGAACAACAGAUGUUGAAUGACAAGGUUCAAGCCACCGACUGGGAAAGCACCGAUGAUGCCAUAUUAGAACAGGUGGCACGUGAAUCUUACAUGGAAUAUAUUGAACAAAAAUCAAGCAAAAUUCAAGAAAUACAGCCAAAACUUGCUAAUGCAAAACUUUCACCCCCUCGAGAACCCAGUGUUUCGAACAUUUAUUCUAAACCAGAAACACCCAAAAUAGUGAAAGAAUUCCCUAAGAAGUUCAAUCGUACUGCUACAAACUCAUCUACCGGUGAUUGGGUGGCUGAGGAUGAAGAGUGGCAGGUCUUAUCUAAAGUAUUAGCUAAUUCACAACAAGAGUAUAUGGACGCUUUAAAACAUCAUGCUACUCAUUCCAAAGCCACCUGUAGCAAAUAUACAUAGCUAUAUUUCUAAUGAAUUUUCUAUAAGAUGUGACUGAUGGCACAAGCGAGAAACCUUCAGGUCACUAAUUAAAUUUUUUUUUAUCUGUGUACUUUGAUCAAAGGAAUUAAUAGAUUAUUCUCUUAGUGCUAAUAAAUUUUCUAAAUGUAUAUCAA